UAUCUCUUAUUAUCGCCGUUGUAAAAUGACCGCCCGUACUAUAAUAUCGCUAAUAAUAAAUUGGUCCGAAUUUACAACGUGCCUUGAAUAUAAAAAAGUAUGAAUUUAUUAUCAUGGUGCACUUAAUAGUUUUAGUGUGCGCCUUUUUAUUCUCCACUUUGAUCCUUAUCCUGGCAAGGAUCCUGGAUCAAAACCCUUUGCCAAUAUUUGGAAUAUACCAGAGGCGGAGCGGAGUGUAUUGGUUCAAAUGUUGGUUUUUGUAUGUUUUUUUUAUAGUUAGGAAGUUGCACGUUAGACUCGUCAUGCCAAACCUCAAAGAGUAUUACAAGAACCUAGACAAAGCUCAAAAACUCUCACCCACUCCAAAAGCAGUAGAUGCGGUAUUUUUUAACGCAGCCAAUAAAAAUGGUGACUAUUUUACUAUAGGAUUCGCGAGAAGACCGGACAGAAUAGUGGAUGGAUUCAUAUAUUUAAAAUUAGCCUCGACAGAGUAUGGUCUAUUGGAAUCCUUAAGGUUGCCUAGUACGACCUUAUUUAAUAGCGGUGAGGAGGAGAGUUUUGAGGCAGAAGGAAUCAAAAUUACCACCCUGGAACCUAUGAAAAAAUGGAGAAUUUAUUACAAGGGCAAUUUGAGGCCUCACGGUAAUUUUUCUCAACACCUCGACGUCACUAUAGACGCAAUAUUCCAUACGGACGAACCGUGUUACAAUUUUCUGAUUGAUUUGGAUCCGUGGAGUAUGGCCAAGAAUUUCGCUUAUGAAACGUGGAGUAUUGCCUACUUUAAGAAUGUCUCGAAGCUGCAUCAGUUGCACUAUCAACAAUUCGGUACCAUAGACAUGAAUAUCACCAUAAACAAAAAAGAGUUUAAAUGCAAUUUAGAUGCGGUCAGAGACCACACCAUAGCGAAACACAGAGAUUGGGGCAUUUUCCGACGUUACGCCCUUCACUGGAUCACCACCGAAAACGGAGAUCAUUUCUCCCUAUUGUCUUUGUGUCAGAGUGUUGCAUUCUCAAGGCUCCAACUGGGAUUUAUGUGGAAAGCCUCAGAAAGAAAACUUUAUCCUAUAAGAAAUUCUAGUUUGGAACUUUAUCAAUAUGGGGAGCUGGGGACUCCACCUAAGGACUACGGUUUAACUUUUACAGCAGGGUCUAACAUGUAUGAUAUGAAAGUGACGGUCCUGGAUUCUCCCUUUUUUUACAUCAGUAAAGCGUGGGAAAGUAAAAUAUUUGAGUGCCAUUGCGCCGUUGAAAUAAACGGGAUUAAAGGUCAUGGAGGUGUCGAGUGGCAGUAUAAAAAUCUCCAGGGAAAAAAUGCACCAGUUGAUUAAUUCAUUUAUUAAUUUUAAUGAAUCUGAUCUUUUAAUAAAGGUUUAUUUAAUUAUUCAAGUAGGACAUAUUCUGUAAAAUGUUUUUUAGUAUUAACACUUCUAAAAUUUUUUAUAUUAUCUAGUACUUUAUUAAAAUAUUCUGAUAUUUUUUAACUUUAUAAAUAAAAUACAUAGUAAGGAAAUAUAA